CGGGUCGCGCGCGCUUCGUUGCCGAAAGAGAUAUCAACAAACCGCCGUCGCGAACGGUAAUCGGGAGAAUUCGAUUAGGAAACGAAUCUUUAUCAAAAAUGCCGAAUGCGUGUGGAGUCCGUUAUAUAAUUGUGUAGUAGUAUUUCACCGAACUUUUACCGCCAUCGGAUUAUAAUUUAUUUUUUUUUUUGCUGUGAGUGCGUGUGAAGAGGGUAAAUAAAUCGAAGACGAAAAGCGAAAGAUAAAAGCAAAACUGCAGCGAGCGGCAAAGAGCGUGGAAAAUACGCGGACUACCUGUCGAGCCAAAGAUCUCACCGGAUUUGUAGUUGUUGUUUCUGUUCUAUUACUUUUUUUUAUUCGGUUGUUUGCCGAAGGUCGCGGGUUUGAAACCUCUCCUCUUUUUUUUUUGCCGUGCCCGGUGCACGUGCAUUAACCGUUAUAUAUUUAAAAAUUAAAUACAACGAACUGUUGAAAUCAAAAACACACAAAUCAUGGAAGAGAUCCCGCUGACAAGAAUGCUGCGGACUCUGAUACCCUUCCACUGUCUGAUCUUAAUCACCUGCGCCUUUAAUCUGGAGCAGCGAUUGCCGAUCGUGAAAUAUGGCCACCUGCACUCGCACUUUGGCUACUCGGUGGCCACCCACACAAUUGGCGAGGCCAAUGGGCCCAACAAGACAAAUUGUAUUUUAGUGGGAGCUCCAUUGGAUCAAAAUCGACAGCCGAACACCUCGCACUCUGGCGCCCUCUGGCGGUGUCCGAUGACCCAGAGUUUCGAUGACUGCGAACAAGUGAUCACCGAUGGCAGGCGAUCGAACGGAGCAUAUGAGAUUAAUAAGCCUUUCGACAGCGAAAUCCUUUCACCACCCGGAAACGAUGAAAUCAAGGAGGACCAGUGGAUGGGCGUUACGGUCCGAUCGAAUCCCCUGCAGGCCAACGGAUCCGGCGGAAAGGUGAUCGUCUGCGCCCAUCGCUAUAUGUACAUCGUUCGGGAAAAUCGUUAUGGCCAAGGACUCUGCUAUCUACUCACAAACGAUCUGCAAUUCGAAGAGGUGCACGAACCCUGCAAAGGACGACCUGUUCAAAGGCAACACGAGGACUAUGGACUCUGCCAGGCGGGAACCUCGGCUGCCCUCCUCGAUGACGACACCAUGGUGCUGGGCUCCCCGGGGCCGUACACCUGGCGGGGAUCCAUCUGGGUGACCCAGGUGGGCGGGGAGUACCUGCAGCGCGACAAGACGACCUACUACAGUGAUCACUCGGACAGCAGUUCGCCGGUGGACAAGUACAGUUACCUGGGAAUGUCGGUGACCGGCGGCAGGUUCUUCGGCCAGAUGUCCUACGCGGCAGGAGCUCCUCGCUCCAAGGGACACGGACAGGUGGUGAUCUUCGACAAGUCCAACGACAAUCCGAUUCCCGUUCACUCCAUUUUGGAUGGCGAGCAGUUCGGAUCGAGCUUUGGCUACGAACUGGCCACCGUGGAUGUGAACGGCGAUCAUCGGCCGGACUUAAUUGUGGCAGCUCCUUUGUACUUCAAUAAAUCGGAGGGAGGAGCGGUCUAUGUCUACCAGAACGACAGGGAUACGUUGCCAUUGAAGUACACGCUGAAGUUAACCGGAGCACUGGAGAGUCGCUUUGGAUUGGCGUUGGCCAACAUUGGGGAUCUGAACAAGGACAACUGCGAGGAUUUGGCAGUGGGAGCUCCCUACGAGGGAAAUGGUGUGGUUUAUAUCUAUUUGGGUUCCCGGCAGGGAUUGAAUCCAAAACCCGCCCAGAGGAUUCAAGCCUCGGAACUGGGAGGCGUUGUGCCAACGGGUCAACCCAUUCGCACUUUCGGCAUCUCGAUUUCUGGGAACACCGACCUGGAUGACAACUCCUAUCCGGAUGUGGUGAUCGGGGCCUUCAACUCCUCGGCGGCUGUGAUCCUGCUGGCCAGACCCAUCAUCAACAUCCAGACGAAUGUCAGGGGGAGAGAGCUGCGCAACAUGGAUCCCAAUCAGCCGGGCUGUCGAGCGGAUCCCGCCAGCAAUCUCACCUGCUUCACCUUCCAGGCCUGCUGCAGCAUCGAUCCCUACGACGAGAAGAGCAAGGAACUCCGUUUGGCCUACGGCGUCGAGGCGGAGACCUUCGACCAUCUGAAGAAGUUCUCCAGGGUGUUCUUCUUCGACAAGGAGAACAAGCGGAGCAACGUCCUCAGCCGAGUGGUCAGAGUGCAGACGGAUGGCAAGACCGCCUGUCAGUCGGUCACGGGUUACAUCAAAGCCAACACCAGGGACAUUCAGACGCCGGUUCGCUUCCGUUUGAAGUAUUCGCUGGAGGAACCUCCCCUCGCGGAAUCGGCUCUAGUGCGAUUGAAUCCCAUACUGGAUCAAACCCAGGCGCACAUCGAUUUCGAGGGCACUUUCCAGAAGGAUUGCGGCGACGACGACUUGUGCGAGAGCAAUUUGGUCAUCCGGGCGGAGCCGAACAUCACCAAAUCAUCAGCCAACGAGUACAUUUUGAUCCUGGAUGAAACGGAGUUGGAGGUGCGCAUUGAUGUCAGCAAUUUGGCGGAUUCCGCUUACGAAGCGCAGUUGUUCAUUUCCCACCAAGCGGGAGUUUCCUACGUGGCCACCAAGAAACCGACGAAUGCCACGUGCAACAGUUUCAACACCACUUUGGUGGCCUGCAGUCUGGGAAAUCCGAUGCUGCGUGGCACCACCACCUUCGUGACCAUUCGCUUCCAGCCCAAGAGCUUGGAGCCCAGUGAGAAGUCCAUGCUGUUCCACAUCUUCGCCAAUACCACCUCGAAGCUGGUGGGACGCGAGCGGCCCGAAAGGGAUCUCCUCAUCAAGGUGGUUCGGCGGGCGAAGCUCCACUUCCGCGGCUGGGCGAUGCCGGAGCAGAGCUUCUACAGUGGAGCCAGCGAGAAGGGAGCGCCGGAAAGCACUGCCAUUGCGGAUGUGGAGACCCACGGACCCAUGGGAAUGGACGAUGUGGGAUCGCAGGUCCAUCACAGCUUCACCAUCUUCAAUGAGGGCCCCUCGACGGCGCCGAAGGUGAAGAUGACCAUCCACUGGCCGUUGACACUGUACAGUGAUCCCCAGAGCGGGCGGCCGGUGCAGUAUCUACUGUACCUGGAGCAAGUGCCCACGGUGGAAGUUAGCCAGGGCGAAUGCCACGUGGCGCCGGAGUUUGUGAAUCCCCUGAAGCUGGCAAGCGGUUCGCGGGAUACUGUGGCUGCCUACCUGAAUGCCCCGGCGCAGAUGCGGAUGUUCCCCUCGCAGUCGCGGCACAUGUCCUUCAACAAGAGCCUCGUCCACUCGCAGAGGAGCUACUUCUCCAGCGGGGAUCGCGGUGAUCAGGCCACCGAAGCAUCCCAAGCAGCGCAGGCAGCCCGGAACCGAGUGAGGCGGGGCUUCCUCGAGCGAGUCACUCGGCUGGAGCGACUCAUGUACGACUCGGAGGGCAGCAGUGCGGCACAGAGUGGCAAGAAGCAGGACAUCGUCGAGCUGGACUGCAACAAGGGCACCGCGAACUGCGUGCGCAUCGAGUGCGAGAUCUUCAACAUGCCCGCCUCCUCGGAGGCGCAGGUGGUGGUCAAGGCGCGUCUCUGGAACUCCACGCUGGUCAGCGAGUAUCCGCGCGUCGAGCGGGUCAGGAUCUUCUCCACGGCCACCGCGCAGAUUCCCGAGGACUACGGCGUCGAGAAGAUGGAGCUCAACAACAUAGAGGUGGAGACGCGUGCGUAUCCGGAGCUGCGCAACCAGCAGCGCGACACCUCGAUCCCCUGGCUGAUCAUCAUCCUGGGCAUCGUGGGCGGCCUGCUCCUGCUGGCGCUGUUCACCUACCUGCUGUGGAAGUGCGGCUUCUUCAAGCGCAUCCGGCCGACGGACCCGACGCUCAGCGGCAAUCUGGAGAAGAUGAACGAGGAGAAGCCCUUCCUGGCGCCGGCGAAGAAUUCGCAUCAUGUUUUCUAACAAGAGGGCACCGUCGGCUGGGAUCUGGUGCGCCGUCGGAGGCGUCGACGCCGUCUAAAGCUGCCGCUUCUGCCGCUUCCGCCGCGUCACGGCUGGCGGAAGUCCGCCGGCAAGUCCCGCGAUCAUAGUAACAACAAUAACAACAACAAUGGCUGUGGCAGUGAUAUAGAUGUGCUUUCGCUGACGCCGCCGCCGCCACCGCUCAGCAUCCUCGGCUGGGGACACGAUGGCUACUACCAGGCCAGCGCCGCCUGGUGGGGUCACCACAUGUGAUCCUGGAUGGGUCAAGAGGGGGUUCUAGAAGGGUCAACUGGACCAAGUGGGUUGUGGUUCAAUGUGCCAUUUCGUUUACUUAAUGCAGCAGGCUAAGUUCAGUUCGGUGGAUGCGGCCAAAUCGGAGUGGUGGCCUUCGAGUCCAGUCACUGACAUCGGCUAAAGCUACUGGCUAGCCAAUAAGGUCCAGUAAAUUACUAAAUCCUUCGAGAAUAUAAAUUUUUUUGUACUUUUUCUAGUUCCUUUCAAAAAAAGUUAUUUAUUUCCUAAAAAAACAAAUAAAGCCAUCAUACGUACAUUAUGUAAAAUGAUGUAGGUUGGUUGCAAUUGGUUCUAGGCUUUCCAGAUAUAAAGACAUACCUAAAAAUAAAAAACAACUAAAUUAAAUACAAAAGUUCUCCGAACUUGAAACACUUAAUCUGGUUUCAAAAUCGAAUAAUAUUGCUUCGAAACAGUCAUACUUAAAAUGGUGCUUAAAAACCUCUAGGGAAUUUAGAUAAAAAUAUAACAUAAAAUUGAAAAAAAAAUAUACAAGUUAUAUAAGAUCUAGAGUUACAACAAAAAUGAAAGAAGAAAUCGCUAACAAAAAAAAUGUAGUUGGAAAGUAUUCAGAUUCAGUCGCCGAUAUAUUUAGCCGAUGUCAGUACUGAGCUUUAGUCUAAGAAUUAGCUAAGCACCCAAAAGUUGAUUAUCUGUGUAAAAAUGUUCAUUGUCAUAUAUAGAUUUAAGCCUAAGUUAGGCUAAGCUAAAAAGAGCGAUGCGAAAAUUCCGAAUAUAGCAUACAAAAGUGAAACACUGCCAUUAACAACAAAACAGAAGUGCCUCGAAAUCGAACCGUAAUUCCAAUGCACUGGACACGUCUUAAAAACAAAUUAAAACGAAAGUAUUAGCACAAACUUAAUGCCUAGCUAUAAAUAAUCCAAGAGCAACAGAAUUUAGCAAACACCGACAAGCCUAUCUUAACUACAAAUGUAUGUUUAACUUUCGCCUUUUUUUCGGUCAACUAAUUUAAGGUGACUCUUUUUUUUUGAAAUCGUGUAACAGACCAGAAAUGUUAGUUUUUGUAUGUAUGUAUGUAUGGAGUCGAGACGUAGUUAAAUUAGUUGUAAAUCCAAAUUCUAUAGUACUAGCUGUAAAUAGACUUCUGUAUCUAUUUAAUAUACGAUUCCUUUUUUUUAAA